AUGCCCGAGCCAUCGGCAGCACGCCGCGCCAAUCCGACCGCUCUCACGGGAGCCACUUAUUCGAUGGUCAGCAAGCGCUUGACCUCAGCCUCUAUGACGCUGCGUUCGAAGUCGAUGGACCGUCGUCACUUACUUGCCGGUGGGCCUAGUAUCGACGGUAUGCCCGCCGGAUGGCGGACACUUGGCCCGAUCUCUGGACGUCGUGAUCCUUCUACAUCCGCUGGUGGGGCUGGCACUGCGGCCUCCGGUCGGACGCCGUCGCACACUUUUUCGUCUGGACCUUCUGGGCUUUCUGGAAUGAAACGGGCGUAUAGUCAAGCCGCCAGUUUGGCUGGUCAUCCGCAUCGUUACCAAACUUCUGCUAUGGUCACGGCCACAUCUGCUGGUGGAAGUGAUGGUACCGGAGCUGUCUCUGCUCCCGACUCCCGACCUCUGUCUGGCGCUGCUCUUGCUACCAGCGGCUACUCGACCCUGGUCAACAGUGCUGCGGCGCAGCGAAGUAGUGGCGGUCUUGAAGGCGAGGACGAAUUUGUUUUGGUACCUGGUUCGAGCCAGAGGGCUGAAGAGGCGGAGCGACGCAGUAAAGCAAAUCUCUUGGCCAGUCAAGUGGCUAAAAUGUUCAAAGCGUCUGGCGGUCACCGUUUUCGAAACGGAAAUGGGGACGAUGUAGACGAAGAGGAUGACGCUGAAUUGUUGACGGGCUCCACGACAACUUCAGAAAAUGAGAAAUCACUUCGAAAUGCUGUCGGCAGGUCCAGGCGGUUGCGACGCCAGCGCAAUGACUCCGAAUAUGACGAGGGUAAACUAAGGCGAAAAACAGCAGCUAAUAGCCAAAAGUCAGCGACAGACUACAACGGCUAUGAAGAGGACGAUGGUGUGGAAACUAGGGAGGGGCAGGAAGAAGAUGUGAAUGGGGACGAGGAUGAAGUAGUGGAUGACGAUGACGAUAUCGGCGUUGGAGGCGAUGAUGACGAAGAUGAAGAUGAGGGCGAACUUGAGGUCACGAGCAGAUCUCCUUCCACUUCGGGCACUCUGGAUCGUAAGGAAGGGCGACUUAAUAUAAUGCACCUUGUUCAAGGUCCUUUGUCAUAG